AUGAGUUUGCGCAUGGACAUCUAUGAGGAUAACCCCUCCUUGCCUGGGUUUGUUUGGUGUACGGCGUACAACUUGGCGCGGUGCAGAUGGAGGCAACGCUUGGGCAGGACCACCGAGGCUUACUGCCUGGCCGAGUGCUGGGCGUUCGUUGAUCAUUUGGAAGAUGAUUCACCUGUGUUCCUCACGUUCGACAGGUAUUACCACGUGUCUCGAGUGGCGCACGCACAUGUUGAGCAGGUGCGCUUCGAAUCGCUUCAACUGGUCAUUGGUGCUGAUCAAGAGUGCAGGUCGUCUCUCAGCCUUUUCAUGCAACAUUGCGACCGCCUGUUCGAAGUGGAGGGCGACGCACCGUUGGUUGAUUGUGGGCUUCACAGAUAUCUGAUCACAUGGGACGCGCAGGGGCGCGGACUUCGGCGCGCGUCCACACAGGGGAAUGGCAAACCUGAAGAUACCGUCGUUACCUUGCAGAAAAUUCCUCCGAAGAUCGAGAGGGGGCGCGACGGCGCGGAGGGGCCCAAGCCGCCCAAGCCGAAGAAACCGAAGAAGCCGAAGCCGCUGCCAGGUGGUGGCGAAGCUGGCCCAGUUGACGCAGCUGGUGAUGGCGCCGCUGUCGGAGGCGACGAGGUUCCCGGCAUGUCAGACGACGAGCUGUCGCGAGCCUUAGAGCUGGCCAUGGACCUGACGUGGGAGCAGGAGGUGCAGGGAGGAGACGCAGACGACGAUGAUGGGGCCGACGAGACAGUCGCGCAGGCCGCGCAGUUAGACUGGGCAGGGAAGGACGAGGAGGCAGCUCGCAAGAACGAGUUGGGCAAGAUAUUUAAAGCAAUAGACGCAACCGACGAUGCAGCAAGCCCCAGCGGACCGAGCGGACCUGCCGUAGACCCUGCUGCGAUUGACGAACUCAUCGAAGCAGGCCUGCACGGCGAGGAAACGGAGGUGGAGGCGACGCUGCAGCACGUGACGCUUGGGGGAGUCGGAGACCCCGACCCUCCUCCAGAUAUUCCAGAUACUACGCAGGAGCCGAAGCCGAUGAACAUAGAUGGGCCGAGCUUUGUUGACCUGGAUACCGAUGCGAAGACAGUCCUUGUGUGUUGGCGCGACUCGUUCCAUUUGGGCAUGGACUUGACGUCCGAGGUCGCGAGCGAGGGUGUCAGGUGUAUGGAGCUCGGCCAAGACGAGCAAGACGAAGCAUGCAUGUCCCUCAUUGCCUACAACGAUCCUCACACAGGGGAUCACACCGACUUUGUCCAGUGGGUUCGGGAUGAGAAGUGGGAGGGUCGAAUUGCAUCGCUCGACGACCAGAACAGGGUGAUCACAGUUGUUGGUGCGAAUGUUAGGAAGCAAGACUUCACUGGGCGCGCUGUCGUGCACCCAGGGAUUGGUAUCAAAAUGCAGCGGGCGAAGAAAGCCCCAGGGGUCUACCUAUCUAAAGAGCGAGAGGUCAUGCCAGCUAAGUGGGUGCGUUUGCGUGACAUGUGGCGUACAGCGCAGACGAUGCAAGCUGUCUCGGUGAGCACUGGCCCCGCUGACAACACAGCAACUGUUCUUCAGUGUGCGCGCGCGGUGCGGGUGCACCGAGGGCGCCGCCAAGCUUUUACAUUGCGCAGCGCGUCUCCUUGCAUAGCACGACGACUGCGCAGCAGCGGUGCUCGAAUUUCAGCCCAUGGUUGA